AUGUCGGAACGCAAGGUGCUGAACAAGUACUUCCCGCCGGACUUUGAUCCGUCCAAGAUCAAGCGUCGGAAACGGCAGGGCCCGAAGAACUCGCAAAUCACGGUAACUCUCAAGGCGCCGUACACGAUGCGCUGCACAAAGUGCGGCGAGUACAUCUACCACGGACGCAAGUUCAACGCGCGCAAGGAGACGGCCGAAGGCGAGGAGUACCUGGGCGUGAAAGUGUUCCGGUUCUACAUCAAGUGCACCCUGUGCAGCCAGGAGAUCACGUUCAAGACGGACCCGAAGAACGCAGACUUUACGCCCGAGCACGGCGCGACGCUCGGCGACGACCCUGAGGCGCUCCUCGCCAAGUUGCACGAGGAGAGGCUGUCGAGAGAAGAGGAAGAGAGGAGGAAAAGAGAGGCCGAGGAGGACGACGCAGAGGUCGCCAAGUACUUUACGAAGAUGGCGCCUCCGCCCCUCCCGCUCGGCGCCGGUGGGAAGGGCAAGGAGAAGGCCUGGGAGGAAUCGCCGGACGAGAAGGACGGCAGCGAGGAGGUCGAGGACAAACCCAAGGAACCCACGGGGCCCACGAUCAAGCGCGCCGUCACUGCUGCCGGUGAGCCGAGCGUCGCGUCCAUCCUCGCGGCCAAGGGCAAGGCGGCCGAGCCCGUCGCUCCCCCAGCCACGGCGCAGGUCAAGCGGAAGCGUGAGGGCAUGCAGAAGCUUCUCGGCAUUAAGAAGAAGGCGAAGGCGUAG